AUGAAUGUUUUCAACUCCCAAAACCAAAAACAGCACCAUUCAUCAUCAUCAUCCAAACACAAGAAAAAGAGGCUAAACGAAGGCCAAGUGAGGCUUCUCGAAGCAAGUUUCGACGCCAACAAGAAGCUCGAUCCCGAGCACAAAUUCCAUCUCGCUCGCGAACUCGGUGUUCCUCCUAGACAAAUCGCCAUCUGGUACCAGAACAAGAGAGCUCGAUGGAAGAAUCAAAGUCUUGAAGUAGAUUACAGCUCGCUUCAAAUGAGGCUAGAAACUGCAUUAUCAGAUAAAAAACAGCUCGAAAAGGAAAUUGAUAAUCUUAGAGGGAAGCUUAAAAGAACACAGGAUAUGUUGCUUGCAUCUCAAGGAUGCCCUCCUCCGGUUUCUUCUUUCUCAAGUUAUUGUGAUGAAGGAAGCUCUAAUUUUAUUGAUGAUGGAAGACGUUCUUGGGAAAUUGUUGAUCAGACUUUGCAGUUUCAAGAACUGUAUGCUUGUUUGAUGAUGGGUGAGAAGGAACAAACUGUACGUGGUCCAACUGAAUCGAAUCAAAAAGAUUUUUGGGUAUAA